AUGGCCAUGUCUCUGGGUAGAAGAACAGCUUCUGGAAUAUUAUUCACGCCCAGUGGCUUAAGCUUUACGUUCACUGAGAAAUCCAGCACUGGAGAAAGAAGCCAUGAUCGACGACGACGACGACGUCGACUGGCUGAUACGAACUCAAGCUGCAAAACAUGCAAGCAGGUCACGAGAAACCCUGAAGAAGAAAGCACCGCAGCUCGUUGCCCCCGAGCAAAUGUCGGAGAUUGCACCCCGAGAAAACCGAAAACUCAAUCUCACACGGCCUCGGAGAGAACCCCGCUCGGUGCCGCGAGAAGGAAACUCCCAAAAGAAGCUUUGCAAAACUCGGAACCACCUGCGAUCGACGUGCCGUGGGAGGACGAUGAUGUCGUAGAUGAGACAGAGAAUCGCUGGUACAUCUACGACCCUUACAGGGACAUGAGGAUGGACAUCGAUGAUAUGAGUUAUGAGGAGCUGCUAGACCUGGGGGAGAGAAUAGGAACAGUGAGCACUGCCGUAUCCGAAGAAGACCUGAGCAAAUGCUUCAAGAGGAGCAAAUACACCUCCGGAGACUCUGCUACUUGCAGCAUUUGCCAGGAAGAAUUCGUGGAGGGGGAUGAAUUGGGGGAGGUGGCGUGCGGGCAUGUCUAUCAUGCAACGUGCAUAGAGCAGUGGCUUAAGUCCAAGAACUGGUGCCCUCUCUGCAAAGGCUCUGCGUCUCCGAGCUCUGCUUGACUCUCUGCAACA